AUGGUUUUGACUGAUAGCCGACCGGCCAACAUCUACUCGGGUCCCGACCAGGUUUCGAUCUACAAUGAAGGGUUCAUCCAGCUCGUCUCGGCUCAGCACCCGCGCAUGAUGGCCACGAGGAAGACUGUCGACAUCGAUGACAUUGCUUUGUCUGUGUUGAGAAACGGCUUGUUGGAAGAAUGUUAUUUCGUCGGACAGUUCAUCCCCAUCGCAGGCGAUAGUGGGAACAUCGAAGGUGUCUAUAAUACAUCCUUCGAAUCGACCAGCAGUGUACUACAUGCACGACAGCGUCGAGCUGUCGAACGAAUUGCUUCGAUACCAAGAGACGCUUUGAAAUGCAAUCCUCGAGACAUCCCAAUGGCCAUGUUGUAUUCCUACGACAAGAUCGAAAGCCUAGGGCGCAACAACCUCCAUCUAUGUGGCACCGUAGGGAUCCCAGAUGGACAUUCCUGUGCGCCAAAACGGGCGCAUCUGACGGGUACAGACAUUGGAAUAAUUCCAUACCUUCGUGAAGCCUUGGACUCUGGAGCGCCAGUCUUGAUUGCUUGUGACCAAACCGACGUGGCCUCCGGUAUCACCAUGUUCGAAGGCAUUGAUUGGGUCGGCCACGGAUUACCACUUCCAAGAGUUCUUGUCCUUGCAUUGCGUAGUGGCAAGAGGAGGCUUGGUUUCUAUGUGCAGGGUAUCAAUCCUCGUAGGCCGUACGACCAAAGCGUGGAGAUGGCAAUCGUGGACCAUGCCCGCCAAAACGAAGCCAGAUGGGCAGCCAGUAUCUCAAAGGAGGAGGCUCGGCAGCGCGAGGGGACGCUUGAGCUCAUUGAUGAAGGAGAUCGGGAGCGAGCAUUCGCCGAUUUUCAGAAAUUGUCUGAAGGUCAGCCUACACUUUCGAACGAGUUGCGACUGAUUAGGCGUUGGUCGCCACCAGCGGAAGAGCUUCACGACGGUGAGGAUCCGAGUAAUAUUUCUGCAUGGAUCCUGACGACCAGUAUCGCGCUGUACGAGGAUGGAAAGAUGAAGUUCUUGCUUGGUUGUGUUAUGGACAUCAGUCGGCAAAAGUUUGCUGAAUCGGUGCAGGCUCGCAAUGCAGCGGCGGCAACGCAAGCUAGGCGGCGUCAAGAAGAGUUCAUCGAUACGACAAGUCACGAAAUGCGAAAUCCGCUCUCUGCCAUUACACAGCUUGCCGAUGGCAUUGCUCGGAGCCUAGACGAGUCACCGGAUAUGCAGCAUAACGAGCUCAACUACAAGGCGAUCGCACUAGAUAAUGUCGCUUCCGCUAAAAUCCUACUAGCGUGUGGAGGUCAUCAGAAGCGAGUGCAAGCACGAUUCUCAACCAUGCAUCUGAAUGAUAGACGAAGCGACGCUCAGGACGUACCCUUCAGAAUAAGGGAGUCUGCAGAGGAGCUGAAUGUGCACGAAUCCGACCCCUUACUGGCACCUCAGACGACGGUGACGAGGUAG